GGUUAGGGACGGAACAAUACCAGACGUGUCUGGAAAGUGGGAAAGAGGACAAUACAAAGGCGCCGUUUGGUUGCCUUGCAGCCACUACACGCCAAAUUCCAGGGAAGAAAACAGCGGUUUACGUUUGCUGGUUUUUUCCCUCCUAACACCUUUGGCCAUCUCAACUUAUAAAUACCCUCUCAAACCAGGCCAGUCUCAAGCAUAAAAAGUUAGUCAAAUUCUUAAAAGAGAUUCAAAAACCCAUUACUAGUUUCAAAGAAAAUAUGUCAAGCACUGCUGGUCAGGUCAUUCGUUGCAAAGCUGCCGUGGCAUGGGAAGCCGGAAAGCCACUGGUGGUUGAAGAGGUGGAGGUAGCACCACCACAGGCAAUGGAGGUUCGUCUGAAGAUCCUCUUUACCUCCCUUUGCCACACCGAUGUUUACUUUUGGGAAGCCAAGGGGCAAACUCCAUUAUUCCCUCGCAUAUUUGGUCAUGAAGCAGGGGGGAUUGUUGAAAGUGUUGGUGAGGGUGUGACAGACCUUAAACCCGGUGACCAUGUGCUUCCUGUGUUCACUGGGGAAUGCGGGGACUGCCGCCAUUGCAAGUCAGAGGAAAGUAACAUGUGUGAUCUGCUUAGGAUCAACACUGACCGAGGGGUGAUGCUGAAUGAUGGCAAGACCAGGUUCUCUAUUAAUGGACAACCUAUUUUCCAUUUCGUUGGGACAUCUACCUUCAGCGAAUACACUGUUGUUCAUGUUGGCUGUGUUGCCAAAAUCAAUCCUGCUGCUCCACUCGACAAAGUUUGUGUUCUCAGCUGUGGAAUCUCUACAGGUCUGGGUGCCACCUUGAAUGUUGCAAAACCCACUAAGGGUUCAACUGUGGCCAUUUUUGGGUUAGGAGCAGUAGGCCUUGCUGCUGCUGAAGGGGCUAGAAUUGCAGGCGCUUCUAGGAUUAUUGGGGUUGAUCUUAAUUCUAAGAGGUUUGAGGAAGCCAAGAAAUUUGGUUGCACUGAAUUUGUGAACCCAAAAGACCAUGACAAGCCUGUUCAAGAGGUGCUCGCUGAAAUGACAAACGGGGGAGUUGAUCGAAGUGUGGAGUGCACUGGAAGCAUUAAUGCCAUGAUUUCUGCAUUUGAAUGUGUCCACGAUGGAUGGGGUGUUGCUGUGCUAGUUGGUGUGCCAAAUAAGGAUGAUGCAUUUAAAACCCAUCCCAUGAAUCUGUUGAAUGAGAGGACUCUCAAGGGUACCUUCUUCGGCAACUACAAGCCCCGCUCUGACCUUCCUUCAGUGGUGGAAAAGUACAUGAACAAAGAGCUUGAGCUGGAGAAAUUCAUCACCCAUGAAGUACCUUUCUCAGAGAUCAACAAGGCCUUUGAAUACAUGCUUCGUGGGGAGAGCCUCCGUUGUAUCAUCCGCAUGGAUGCAUAAAGCAGAAUGAAGUCCAAGUUAAUCUGUAUUUAGCAAUCAUCUGUUUUUUACUUUGAUAGAAGGAUCCCAGACUUGUGCUCAGCUUCGUGAUGAAAAAAAAUGUCUUUUCGAUUUUUAUGCAUUGUACAUGAAGAAUGCUAUGUUGCAUGGAUGAAAGUGUUCUGUAUCGUCUCUCUCUAAUGGUGCUUUCACUUAAUAAAUGCAAACUGGAAACUAAUCUUUCUUUGAUAA